CCUAGUUUUUUUGGUUUGUUUGAGUAUGUGGGGGAAAAUGCAGAAGCAUUGUGUCAUUACAGGCUGUACAGAACACAGUGCUUCAUUACACAAACUUCCUAAAGAGUCAGAGAUUAAAGACGAGUGGAUCAGGUUUAUUUACAACACCAUACCAGAGAGAUUCAGCCGAAGUUUAACUGUGUGUUCAGCGCAUUUCACUUCAGACUGCUUUCUCAACAGAGCGCAGUACAAUGAAGGAUUCGCCCAAAAGUUACUGCUGAAGGAUGGCGCCAUUCCAACUUUACACCACCCCACUACUGCUAAUACCGCUACUACUGCACGACAUGCUGACACAGUAACCAGAUUCAUUUCAAAGCAUUACAGUCACGACAAAGACCAUGAGGUGGGCGAUCUGGAUCUGGGACAGCUGCUGCCUGAUGGUUUCAAGAACUGUAUCUGCUGUGUGUGUGGCAAACACUUUGCUUUACUGGACGACCUUAUCGAGCACUUUACCAUCCACAAACAGGCGGUCCAUUGCCACUUUUGCCAGGCGACGUUUAGUCGUGUGAUCUCAUUGGCCUCGCACCUAAACAAUGCCCAUCCUAGACAGCUGCCUUAUUGUCAAAGGUGCUGCAUUACGUUUCAUAAUAUGUGGCAAAUGAAUGAGCACAUGGGUAGACAUUUACAAUCUGAUAUUACUAAGGAGGCUUUGCUAGAUGAGAAAAAGGAGAAUGGGAUUACUGAGAAUGGCGAAGUCCAAAUAAAUUGUUUAAAGGAGGAAGAGGAGUGGGUGACAAUUGAGUUGGGGAAUGUGGGAAUACAUUACGUCAAGGAGAAAGAGGAAGAGCCAAUACAUGAGAACAAAACGGGUGAAGUAAGAUGUGUGAAGGAGGAAGAGGAGGAGCUAAUAAAUGAGAACAAAACUGGUGAAGUAAGAUGUGUGAAGGAGGAAGAAGAGGAGGUCGUCAUUAAAACUGAGGAGGUGGAAAUGAGUUUAAUUCAUUUAAAGGAGGAAGAAGAGGAAGUGGUAAUUAAUAAUGAGGUGUUUGAAAGAACCUGUGUGAAGGAUGAAGAGGUGGAGGUGAUGAUUCAGAAUGAAGAGGUGGAAUUAAAUUUUGUGAAGGAAGAAGAGGGGGGAGUUUCCAUAGUAAAGGCAGAAGAAAUGGAUGCGAACAUGGUUACAAAGGAGGAGGAUAAUAUAGUUUACACAAACCUGCAUGAUGAAACCAUCACUGACAGUGCCAACAGCCAAAUAUGUGUGUUUAAUAAUGACUUUAAAAGUACACCCGACCAACAGGAGGCUUUUGAGUUUGAUCUGAGGGUGCAAGGAGUCUUGCUUGAUCAUAAUUAUUGCAGUCAAAGCCUUGCCUAUCCCAUUGCUGUUUCAAACCAACAUGCAUAUAACACCUACGGCUGCAUGGCGAACAAUGUUAAAAACACAUGCAGUGGAAAUGUAUAUGUGUCAAACAAUGCGAUAUAUCCUAGGGGCCAAAGUGACCAGCAGGAGAUUACAGAGAUUGACCUUAGGGUGCAUGCAAUCUUACAUGAUCAUAAUUACCUCCCAACACAAAGCCCUGUGAAUCCCAUAGUCUCAAGACGAACACAAGCUUACAACACGCGCAGUUCGGUCAAAAACACUACACACAAUGUUAGCCAUCACUCUAAUAAUAAAGCACACAGCCUGAAUAAUGGUUGGAUAUCAGGCGGAAGCUUGCUUGAUCAUAAUUACCUUUCGGAUAACUUUUCUGAGAAUGCGCCCAUCCAGGAGGAAAACGUAGAAGAGGAAGAUGAUGACGGUACUCUCAGCACUGGCCAGAGCUCUUGCUCUUCAUCCCUAGAUGACUCGGACUACACACCUUCAAAGGAUCUAGACUCGCGCUCUUGCUCAACUCUGUGCUCACUCUCAGAAUUCGACAGUGAUGACCGUGACUCUGAGGAAGAUUCAGAAAGACACAGAGUACGAGGAAGCUCUAUGCAGAAACUUGCUCGUCAAGAUACUAAUCAGGAUUCAACCAGUUCAGUGAGGAGAAGCACAGAUCCUGUAACCAAAAGCCUUCAGAUUUGCACGUUCUGUGGGCUUAGUAAAGAUCCUAACUCGGAAAAUCCCAUGAAGCAGUGUACAUGCAUACUUUCGAACAAGUGCUCCUUGUGUGAGGUAACAUUUGCAACUCUAGAGCUACUACUGAAACAUCAAGCAGAUGAGCACCCCAAGGCCAGAUAUUUUUGUGUGGGCUGCCUGCAGUUGUUUCUCAACCAGGAGGCUUUUUGGAAACACACUUGUAGCAAGGCGAAGGUGCUGACCCCGUCCGUGAGUGCGAAUAAUGCAUCAGCUACAGUUGUUAAUCUUAAGUCUUCCGACCCACCUUUUAACAAACAGGUGCCCCAAAAAUGCCCCGCAGUGUUUACCCGCAGUUCUGUUUUACCCAAGGUUCUACCAGUCUCAGGCUCUCAAAAGUUUCCAAUGCAAGUCAUGACCACUAGGUCAUUAAGCUACAAUCAGAAUAAAAAAGUCACAUGUUUACUUGUCAAUGGAGGCCAGGCAUUAGUGACUCCAAUUUCUUCAGCUUCUCAUGCAAAAAUGAGACUGAUACCGGUUUUAACACGUCUGCCGAACAAAGUGGUACCAAAGACUCCCUUACACAGCAUCUCUCCUCAAACACAAUCAACAAGAGUUCCCUUACCUAGUCCUGCUUCCUCCCAAAUCUAUAGUUCAGGGUCUCUUUUUAAAUCUAGUGUUCAGUCCCAGCACACUUGUAAAUCUUAUGCACCGCAAGGACUCUCUUCACAUCAGACCUCCUUAAAAACAGUGCCAAUGUUUGUGAACCGAAGCCAGAAAAUGUCUUUUCAGAAGUGCUUGAGACAGAACUGGCUCUCCAGGGCAAAGUUCCUGUGCCGCCAGUGUGGUGUCAUGUCCUGCCAGCCAUCAGUGAGUGUACAGCACCGCUACCAGCACAGAGGGCUGCGCCUCCACAGAUGCCAGUGCGGCCGAGCCUUUCAGCAUCGGCUGCAUCUUUUGCGACACCAGGUUCAGCAUGCGGAGUCUACAUGCUACGUGUGCGCCACCUGUGGACGGACAUUCCAUGGGACACGGCAGCUGGCCCGCCACAGGCUGGACACCUUUUUCAGAAAAAAAGCAAGGAAGGACUGCACAAAUGUGUUCCCCUGUUACUGUGGGCAGGUAUUCGGGAGACCUUCGGCCUUACUCUGGCACAUGCUAAAAAAUGUAAAGGUUCGUAAAUCACGCUUAAAAGAGUUUCCUUCUAUUUUGAGUAAACCACGUUUUUCACAACAAGAUUGAAGUUUGUCUUUCUGUUGUAAGACUUCCUAACUAGAUCUUUGGAUAUUACCUCUUCUCUGAUGGUAACUGGAUUAUCUUGUUAUUGUGGUGGUUGUGAUUUAUGUUUUUUGCAUUUGUUUGA